UUUAAAUCGCCAAGUGAUCUAUUUGCCAUUUGUUCAGCUUCGAAGCUUGCACCUAAGAAGUGGGGCCUUUCUGGAACCUCUAGGAUUAUGUUGCUUGGAAUUUUAGGUGGUGCUAAUCUUCUGAUCUCUCAAGGAGUAGACAUAAGGCCUAAUAUUGCAGCGGUAUUAGGUUUGGCCGCUAUUGACGCUGUUUUUCUUGGGGGAACCUGUCUUGCACAAAUAUUAUGCUUUUGGCCUCCUUACAGGAGCAGAGUUCUUGUUCAUGAAGCAGGGCAUGUUCUAACAGCAUAUCUGAUGGGAUGCCCUAUAAGAGGGGUCAUUUUGGACCCCAUUGUGGCAAUGAAGAUGGGCAUUCAAGGCCAGGCGGGUACUCAAUUUUGGGAUGAGAAGUUAGAAAAAGAGAUGGCAGAAGGUCGACUUAGUAGCACAGCUUAUGACAGGUACUGUAUGGUUCUCUUUUCUGGGAUUGCCGCUGAAUCUCUCAUUUAUGGAGAAGCAGAAGGUGGAGAAAAUGAUGAAAAUUUGUUUAGGGGUAUCUGUCUUCUCCUCCAACCUCCAUUAACUGUACCACAGAUGGCAAAUCAAGCACGCUGGUCAGUCAUGCAGUCCUACAAUCUUCUUAAGUGGCAUAAGCAUGCACUUCUAGCGGCUGUUAAAGCUCUGCGAUCUGGCCAUAGCCUUAGUGUGGUCAUCAGGAGGAUAGAAGAAGCCAUGUCUUCUGGUAGUUGACAAAGAAGCUCAGUGGGUUCUGUCACGGAAUCAUAAUACAUUGGUCAUCGCAGUGUCUUCUUACCCUGAGCUUCCUAUCAGGCGCUGAACAACUUAAUGAGCCUUUAAAUUGGUCAAAGAAAUGCUGGCAACUUUAUAUGCAAAUAUCAUGAAAUAACUCAUAAGACCAACAUGGAAGGAAGAGGGAGAAUUGAGCAAGAGGAUUGAUUCCCAUAUAUGUUUAUGAUUUAUAUCCGUAUAUGCCAUCAAAAGAAGGGGGCUCGCUGCAUGAAAAGGUUAGGGGAAAAUUUUGGUACAGUAUGCUUAGCCGUGCUCUGAAUGUUAUUUUUAGAAUUUUCAUAUCAUUCAACAGAAGCUUCAGCCUACUUUCUUCCAAGGAAGGAUUGCUCUUCCAAUAUGUUGAGUAACAUGGGAGGAGAAAAUGACUGAAAGAGAAUUCUUGUUACCGUUAAUGCUAUUUGAAAAUUAAUGUAAAGGAGUUGUAGUAGAAAAUUUUUAUAGUUAAAAGUUGCCGAUGAAAAGCUUAUUAUUCGUGUUUGUUGAUC